GAGCUUUGUGAUUGCUCAGGCCUAAGCACAACCCUAUAAAAUGAGGGGCCUUGAAAUGCUGGUCAGGGUAGACUGCAAGCAGCUGCUGGCAAUAAUAUGAACCCUUAGCCAGGACGAGGUUCUGGUUCAGCUUUGAGGGCAGAGAACUGGUGGAGCCAAAGACAAGCUUCCAGGUUGGCUGAGAUGGCAACCCGAAGAAAGCCCCAGCUCCUUGUGCGCCUGACACUGUUCAGUGUGCUCUUCUCACAAAUGCUGGCUUGGCCUCUUUUCGAAGCACCUUUUCUGAAAAUACCAUUUGAAGGAGUAAUUGAUCAUGAUGAAGCUUUCCUAACACCAGACACUAACAUCUUGCCAAAUGCACUUGCUGGAAAUGACAGGAAUGCCAGACACGCUGAAGAAAUUUUAACCAGUGACUAUAAAAGACUCUUGGGACAACUUCCUGCCAAAAGAAACGUUGAAUCCUUUAUUGGAAAAGGAGAUAGUGAUAACAUCUCAGAGGACAAAGUUACAACCAAACGUCAUGCGGAUGCAAUGUUCACUGACAAAAAGGCUCGUAUUGGAAAGCAAAAAAAGCCUCGGAAGCCACUCUUCAAGAAACGUCGUCGUAAUAGGGUCAGGCCUCCGGCUUGGUGGGGGAAAUCUGGCCAGGGUGACCGUGGCAGUGCCUCCCAAGCUGAACCCAAUGAGAGGGACCGGGGACAAGCAGCGGAUCCUCCUGUCGGACCAGCCAAAGACGCUCCUAAGAUCCCAGGAGGGAUGCGAGCAGGGCAGCACCUGAGUAAAUCCCCCUCCCCACCGUCUGCGACAUCUUACACUACGGGAGGGGAGCAAAGUAAGCCUGCCUUCCUAGACUGCAUGUUAAAGACUUUUAAAAGGGUUUUAGUGGAGAUUAUAGAGUCCGCAUGA